GUAGCAGCCUUGAUUUUAAUCAAUAAGUUUAUCAAAUUUUGUGGAAAAGUCUAUCCCUCUCCCCUAUAUAAACCCUAAAUUCCCCUACACUGAAACUCACAACUUGAGAAAUUACUACAUUUAAUUUGGUAACAAAAUGAAAACUUUGGUAUUGGUUUUAUUGAGUCUCUCAUCCCUUAUGGGUGCAUGGGCUCAAGGAGGAGUGGAUUCGAUUAUAAGCAAAUCCCUUUUCGAUGAAAUGUUGAAGCAUCGCAAUGAUGGAAAUUGCCCUGCAAAUGGUUUUUACACUUAUGAAGCUUUCAUAGCUGCUGCUAACUCCUUUGGAGCUUUCGGAACCACAGGCGAUACUGAUACUCGAAAACGAGAAAUUGCUGCCUUCUUGGCUCAAACUUCUCAUGAAACUACAGGCGGAUGGGCUUCUGCACCAGAUGGUCCAUAUUCAUGGGGAUAUUGCUACAAGCAAGAACAAGGCAAUCCACCGGAUUAUUGUGUUGCAAGCCAGGAAUGGCCAUGUGCUCCUGGUAAAAAAUACUUCGGUCGAGGGCCCAUCCAGAUUUCCUACAAUUACAACUAUGGUCCAGCAGGUAAAGCAAUAGGGUCUGAUCUGCUAAACGAUCCAGAUGCAGUUGCAAAUGACCCAACUAUUUCAUUCAAAACUGCAUUCUGGUUUUGGAUGACACCACAAGCGCCAAAGCCCUCGUGCCACGAUGCAAUGAGUGGGGUAUGGAAACCCUCGGCCGCAGACACAGCCGCUGGACGGGUGCCUGGUUAUGGUGUCGUUACCAACAUCAUCAAUGGUGGAAUUGAAUGCGGUAAAGGUUCGAACCCACAAAUGGAAGACAGGAUUGGCUUCUACAAGAGAUACUGUGACUUACUUGGAGUUGGCUAUGGCCCUAAUUUGGAUUGUAACAACCAAAAGUCCUUUGCUUAAGAAGUUGUGUUACUCUUUUGUAUUUCAUCUAUGUGAUGCAUCAAUAAAGCUUAAUAAUAAAAUGGAGCUCUUAGCUCUAUGUAAUAAAACAUGAAUAAAGUUUAACCUUUAUGAUUAUUAA